UCUCAGCAGCUGCCUUGCCAUGACCUCCUGGGCCCUCCUGCUCCUCGCCUCGGUGCUCCUGGCCACCCCAGGUCUGACCUUUUCUGGUCUGACUCCUGAGGACCAUGAUGACUUAUUCACCACUGACAUGUGUCAGGAAGAGCACUUCUUUGAGGUCCCGGCUCAGGAGGCAUCCAAGGAUGACCAGAUGAUCUUCACCUGUAUACCUUGUAAGAUUAUAAUCAGGUUGCUGAUGAAAUACCUGGGAGAGUAUAUCACAGAGGAAGCCUUCAAGCAUGCUGCAUCUCUCCUGUGCAAGGAGACAUUUGUGUUGACCCAUUUAUGCCACAAAAUAAUCACUAAAUAUCUUAGUGACAUCACCCUGCGUAUCCUGAAUGACAAAUCCCCUCAGGCAAUCUGUGUGAAACUCGGGAUGUGCAGACCUGAUAUAGGUCUGACCUUUUCUGGUCUGACUCCUGAGGACCAUGAUGACCUAUUCACCGCUGACAUGUGUCAGGAAGAGUACUUCUUCGAGGUCCUGGCCCAGUUGGCAGCCAAGGGUGACCCUCAGUUCAACCAAUGCGAUUUAUGUAAAUUGAUGGUUAACUGGCUGAAGAAUUGCCUAGGUGGUAACCUAAUUCAGAAAGCCUUUGAAAAAGUUGCAUCACUGGUGUGCUCAAAGUUUCCGUUCGUGGAAAAUCAUUGCAAAGAAACCAUCCGCAAAUUUCUGGGGGAAAUCACCUACUGCAUCGUGAAUGUUGAACCUGCGAAGCGAAUCUGUGUGAUACUCAGGAUAUGCUCCCCUUGGCAGGUGACCAAGAAACUGGGACCUUACUCCAUCCCGGGGAGAAGCACAGAGUCUCCAGCAGGCACCGCCAGCUCCUGCCUUCCUAAAUCCAGGACGGACCCUCCAGUUUCUCUCAGCUAGCUCCCUGCAGUGUCGUCCCCUGGCAGGAGAAUAAAAUGUCUUGGAAGCUUUUGGUCACAGCUUCUGUUCCUUUUGGGGGAUUUGAGUGGAGGGUGUCAAAAACAGGCUUGGAUGACUUAUGCACUCACUCAAUGAAAGUUUAUUGUAUGUCCCACACUUUUUUGUAGA